CCCCGGCAAGGACCGACGACUGCGCCGACCGACCCAUCCGCUGUCUGAUGAACCCGUGUGACGGCCAAACCUGCGAGAAUUACCCAGAUGCACGGUGCACACCUAACUACUGUACCUGCAAACCCACCUUUGUCAGCGGGUCUGGAGACGUCACCAGUCUUUGUAAAAACCCGCCUGAAACUGCUAAAGCUCAGACAUCAACGGGUACGAGCACUAAGACUUGUGCCUCUGGUGUCUACGUGAACUGUCUGACCAGCCCGUGCAAGAUCAACUCGUGUGGGCCGCACCCAGAGGCGGAAUGCAGGAAUGAUUACUGCGGCGGGUGCACUGCUCGCUACUACGUGAAUGCAGAGGAAGUGACAGACAGAUGCAACGCUCAGAUCCCCAGCAGCACACCCUCCAGAAGGCUCGGCAUUUUCUCUCGUCUGCGGGGCCGCAGCAACAGCAGACGUCAGAACUCGAGCCCCCAGGAGGAGAAGCAGCAGUCCAGAUACUUUUCGCCCUGGAGCUGGCUGUUUGGCAGCUACUUCUAAGUUCUAAGCCCCGGCUCUGAAGGGCUGGGCGGCAUGCUGGAAGUGGUAUCAGGCGCUCGUCAAUUUGGGGGCAUAUUGGUUUGUUGGUAUCAUCUUACUCAAAGUUAAAGCCGGUUCGUUUGCCUUGCUUUUGAUGAAAGAAAUACCCACCUAUCCUGAAUAGAAGUAGAGAUAUUUGCGAUUCAAGGAAGCGGGGGUCGCCUGGCGUCUGAGGUAAAAUUAACGAGAAAAUGGCUGCCAAAGUUUGGUGACUUUCAAAGCUGUAGUGUCCUAGCAAAUUUACUUUUUUUUGCGCUUUUUGGUCAACGUUUUUCGGUAAAAUCCACAACGGAAAGAGUUUAAAUGGUUGCAAACUGCUGUGAGGCCAAAGCAAAAAGCUCAAUAAAAAUUGCCCAACGGGCGAGAAAAUGUCGAUUUCUGCGAUUUCAUUACUUUGACUUUGACGAGCGCCUGAUUCCACCACGUCGUGACAGUGUUCUUCCUAUGGGCGAUACGCGCGAGGAGCAAAAUAUUAAGCCGGGAUAUCGCCACUAUUUAUCUGUGUUUUACUCUCUUUUCAGUUUUUUUUUCUUUUGCUCCCAAAAGCUGUUGGAUUAUCGAUUUUGUUGAAAAUGUAGGCGGUUUUGUAAAUACCAUUCAGGUUUUUAUUUUUUAACGAACUUAGUUAAGCAAGGCUUUGCGAUUCCACAUCAGUGAAUCCAAUACAAGAAUUGUUUCUUCAAAGCAAA